CAAUGUGUACGUUUCUCAACACGGAAGCGACACACCUUCAUGUGGUACAGACAUACAGCCCUGUAAGACUAUCGCCAUGGGGGUGUGGCUAGCAAAACAGCACGCGCGGGUCUACGUGGAUGGGACUGGGUCAGACACAACGCCAUUUUCUUGUAGAUCGUCCGCCAGUGAGAUACCAGGAAUUCUUUCUAAYAAGAGUCUAUCGAUGGUUGGUAUCCAUUCAAUGGUCCACGUCAAUUGCCAGGAAGGGUCASACSUUAGGUUCAUAAAAGGGAUGUCACAGAAUGAGACCAUUGUCAGUGUUAGUAAUUUUAAAUUUAUCAAUACCGCAAUACAAGGCCAGGAUGUAAGUCUUGAUGUCAAUGACUGUAUCUUUAAUGGUGCAUUACAAGCCAUAAAUCUGGUCCAGUCUACCAUCGGGCCAAUUACAUUGUUAUUUACUAACUCGCUAUGUGUGAAUGUUGGUUCCUGCAUGGCAGUUAGAGUUACGGGGCUUUCACAAMMAAGMAAUAGGAUAUCAAUUGGUGUAACCAAUAGCAACGUUGUUGCGUCAGGGUUAAAUAGCUAUAGCAGCAUACCUGCCGCAGUCGCUAUCCACGUGACCUCAAGUGGUACUUUGAACUACACAUCCUAUACCCAAGAGAAGUGGAUGGYUUGUGAUAUUACACUACGAAAUGUUUCUUUUCAAAAUAAUAUCUUCAAUGGCAUGGGYAUAGUSAAUGUGGAAUUGGUGUACGUUACUUCUCUGUAUGCAGAAAACGUCUUCGUCUACAAUAAUACUUUAGUGACGUCUCAAGAUGACGUCAUUCUAAAUUUUGGUGUUGCUGCUGAAGCUAGUGUUUAUAACCACACUAUGACCCUGACGAAUGUAACGUUUCUGCAGAACAAAGGAAAUUCUUAUAAAUUACCUCGGGCUAUUUAUGUGAGUGCAGUAGAUGACAUAUUGCUGAGUAUCCUAGCCUGUAGAUUUGAAAAUAAUUCUGGAAUAAUGACCUUAUUUCCAGGGAAUAAUAUUUACCUUAAUAUAGAAAAUACAAUAUUUGUUGACAACUUUGGGAAUGAUAAUCUCAUUUUUGUUUUUGGAAGAGCAAAUACAUUGGUAGCCAUCAAGGACUCAAUUUUUCAUAACAACUGGUGUGAAAAGUGCGACUUUGGAAUGAUAUCACUGCUCUCACAUUUUCAGAUCAAUGUCGUGAUUACGAACUGUCAUUUUGCCAAUACGCCAAGUUUAUUUAUGUUGUACAUCAACGGCUUGAAGCACGUUUUCUUCAAAAUGAUUAAUUCGGCAAUCAUUGGGAAUACUGAAACAGAAUCUAGUGGAUCUGUAUACAUUGUUGCUGAUGAUAUCGCUGAUGUUUCAUUCUCUAAUGUCACAUUUGAAGGCUGUGUAAAUGAUGGUUACAAGUAUGGUGGAGCGUUGUAUUUAAGCCUGACACAAGGAAACAUCAAUAUUARCUCUUGCAAGUUCAUUGGCAAUAGGUCACCAGCCAAGUCCGGUGGUGCAGUGGAGUUUCAAUUGCAAGGGGGUGAUUCACUCAUUGACCCAGGAUGUAUGCSGCCAGACCCUACUGGUACCCUCAUCGAUGAUGGUUACAGGCCUUACAGACGAUGGACUUACAAUGCUUCUGUAGUGAUCACAAAUACAAUAUUUGCGAACAAUAGUGCUGUUAACGGAGGGGCGUUGUCCUUGUCUGGGGGCAAGUAUACCAUUCGCGGCUGCACUUUUAUCGACAAUUUUGCGCAUGUGCAGGGUGGGCAUAUUUACUCCAUCACAGACUCAACCCGGCUUGAAAUACUCGACUCAACAUUUUUACAAAAAAUGUCACAAAUGAUUGUGAGUCAUGAAAAAGUGUACGGAACAAGUGUUGGUUUGUUUAUAUAUUCACUUAGUGUAGGCCCUUUGACGAUAUUCAAUACCAUGAUGAAAUCCGCGUGGUCACGUGACGUACACUUAAAAACUUUAAUCUUUAUCUCAAAGGGAAGCUUSAUUGAUUUUGGUGACAAUAAUCAAACGAUACUGAAAUGCCCAAGAGGAGGCAGCCUCGAAAUUCUCAAUUACACCACAAUCGUUGACACUGAAUAUCAAUCAAAACCUUGUAASAUUGCUUUAAGCCUAUUACAGUUUAACUGCAAAGCUUGUCCAAUCGAUACCUACAGUCUACAACACGGUYACAGCCUGGGAAUGACUACGAUCAGCAGUUUUAAAUGUUUGCCAUGCCCAUUCGGAGCGGYGUGYMAYAAYAARAUWUCMGCCAAACCCAACUAUUGGGGAUACGAAGUGGAAGAAAACCCUUCRGAGCUUAAYUUUACCCARUGUCCUUUGGGGUACUGYARCAUKACAGAUGCAAACGACUUYRYUGACUACAAUCGUUGUCUUGGUAACAGAAGUGGGACACUAUGUGGYCAUUGCAAGGAAAACUACAGCGAAACUCUGCUGACKCCAUUGUGUCGUCAUGACGAUGAAUGUAAMGACUACUGGUUGUUGGGCGUGGCCAUUUUCAUGGWAUUGCUGAUGGCUUUGUAUUURAUUCAUAAGCCAAGACUUUCGCACAUUYUCAAGAAGCAARUUUUGUGGUUCAAAUAUUUCCCUGAUAAUGUCGAAGAACAAGGGCCGGCARGUGAAGACAAUCGCGUCGCGGGGUCCGGAUAUUUGAAGRUAGUGUUCUAUUUCUACCAAGUAGCCAACAUUAUUCUCGUCACCACAUCGUACGAUAAUGCAAUUAAGUCRUACSUCCUGCAGCCURUCAUUGGCCUCUUCAACUUUCAAUUUCGCUUGUCCACAAGUGGUCUCCUUUGUCCAUUUCGUGGUCUCAAUGCAGUAACUAAACAGCUUCUGUUUGCYAGUCAGGUGUUUGGUGUUGUGGUCAUGAUUGCGGUUUGUUACUGCUUUCAUCGCAUACUGCGCUUGUGCAGGUCCAGGCCACCUCCUAACUUUGGACCUUACCUUGGCGCUGUCGUGGAAACACUGUUGCUAGGAUACGCUGUCUUUGCCCACACRUCUUUACARCUAUUGCAAUGUGUGCCAUUAGCAAGGGAUUGGCAACUGUUUAUCGAYGGUACCGUUUCAUGUUAUCAAUGGUGGCAGUACUUGUUGAUGGUGUUUGUUGGUACAGCGGUUGUACCUUUCAUCUUAACCCUCGCRCUUGGUUCUCAUUGGCUGCACAAGGGAAGUAUUUCUGUGAAAGAGUUUGUGCUUGGMUGCGUUCUUCCUCUACCAUACUUGAUGUACAAACUGAUUUCAUUGUCGCGUGGACCMCGCGAAGCAAACCAAGAGCCGCGCGAGUGGAGAGCAUCAGUUACGAGUGUUCUGUAUGGUCCUUUUCGUGUUCCAAAGGAUGACAGUWUUGGUGCCGUCUACUGGGAAAGCAUUCUGAUAUUCAGACGGCUGAUUCUUAUUGUAAUCUACGUUUUUGUACGAGAUCCUUUGUCCAAGGAACUGUUACUKACGUUUGCWARUGUAAUCAUCCUUUGUCAUCACAUUAUUGUACGGCCAUUCCAUGACGUAACUGAAAAUAUCAUGGAGAUGAUGUCAUUGUUUUUCUUGUUCUCAUUAGCGUCCAUCAACACCUUCAAAGCAAGCUUCAUUUCAAUUGGAGCAGAGCAAAAAGGUCCCCUUUCAUCGUUCGGGCAUAUCAUGGACUGGAUUCAAAUCAUCAUCUUAAUGGCGCUUCCAGGCCUGUGUCUAUUGGUUGUUCUAGCGGCCAUUGUGUCCCAGAUCAUUCGCCUUGUUAUCAAAGUCUUGUCUUACAUUAAGCUAAAAUGCAUCAGGUCACGUGAUGUGCUUGUGAUUGAUGACAUGGACAGCAAUUCGCUGGAACAUUACAGUAACACUGAUUAGUAUGUUAGAGGUUAAGCCUGUUGCUCAUUUUGUGUAAAAGUAAUUGUUUUGAGUUUGCAUUAGGAACGAUAGUCUUGCCGUUCUUUUCUGGCACUAAAUUACAAAUUUUGAAUGCUUUCCAAUUUUCUUAUAAAAAGCCGAAUUAUACAUUGUUUUUAAAAACACAGUUUUUGCCUUGAACUAUUAUAUAACACUAUAUUUUGCCUUUAAAGCUCCAGAAACUUGAUUAUAAAAAAAUGUUUAGAGAGGAUUAAAUUUGAGAAAUAAGUUUGGCAACUCUGGUCUUAAUGACAUUCAAAUCAAAUUACAAGUACCCAAUCCUAACACCAAACCUAAAGCUCUAAAACUUUGUUGACAAGAUGAGUCUUUCGUAGCCUCUUCCAGGCAUCACUAAGAGUMAUGGGCUUCCUGUCUUUUUCUUGGAGCCAGAACAGGAAGGGAGAAUGGGAGCAAAUGAAGAAGAGUGUGUGCCACCUCUUUGCUCCUCCUGUUAUUUUUCCAUACUAGUCCCUAGUGGUCAAGAUUACCACUACAAAGGAAGUCUGGAGAAAAAAAAGAAGAAGUUGCCUUGGGAGGAGUGAAUUAGCAYUAUGAAUGAGGUAAUUCCUAAUAUCAAAAGGAUAAAAUUCAUAGAAAUCUAAUGAUGCUCUUUAUCCACCCUAAAAUGCACAGAUCACC